AUGCCGGACAUGGAAGUACAAGGGAUCCUUUCUAUGUGGAUGAAGGGGACUCAAUGGACAGGGAACAGCAGAAGGGAACAGCAUGGGCCCUUGCCUGCUGUGAGCGCCUCAAAGAAAGAGCAGAGGACAGGGCUGAAGAGGCACCUGGAUCAAGGAAUGAUAAAGAAUAUGGCUGUUGCCCCUAAAUUCUACAAGCAUGGCAAGAAGCUGGCUGGUGUAGCAGAAAGCCGCAAUGGACAGGAGAGCACUGUGCACAAGAGUGAGGCCAGGUCCCACAAAGUUCCACAGGAGGGAAGUUCUCGGGGAACUCAUGCGCCUAGCCAGCAGAGAGAAUGGGCAAUUCUGCCCAAUGUUCCAGUGAAAUUGGAGCAGCAACCAACGAUUUCUUUUUCCCGGGCACCUCGUGAUCCAUCUGUCAGGUUCAAAAGAUUUUCAAGUGUGACCCUGCAACACAGUGCUACCCCUGGCCCUCUUCUUCUGCAGCCACAGGUCCCUAAUGCCACCAAGCAGGAUUCUGUUGUUGCUCUCUUAGAGUGGCAGAGGACGCUGGAGGCUGCAGAGGCCCUGUUGGCCCUGAAAAACUCUUCUAAGGAUCCUUGCGUUUCUGCCUCUCUGCAACAUCGUGGCAGCAUGCCAGGUGAUAAUGGAGAGAGAGGACCACAGUCUCCUAGUUCCCGCCUGCCACCAAAGCCUGCCAGCUCUGUCUCACUUUCUGGACAUCUGGAGUGCAUGUCCUACUUGACCUGA